AUGGGUCGCUUCACUAUCCAAAAGCCCGAGCAAGAUGCCGGCAAGGCGUGGCCCGCCAUCGCCAUCGGUCUAUUCGUAGCAUUCGGUGGUAUUCUAUUCGGUUAUGAUACCGGAACUAUCAGCGGUAUUCUAGCUAUGGACUUCUUCCAAAAUCUCUUCUCAACCGGUUACGUCAACACUCACGGCCAUCUGGACGUCUCACCCUCCCAAUCCUCUGCCAUCGUGUCGAUCCUCUCCGCGGGCACUUUCUUCGGAGCUUUGGGGUCGCCACUCAUCGCCGACACUAUAGGUCGCCGCCUAUCUCUCAUCGUCUCUUCGUGGGUCUUUAUUUUCGGCGUCAUACUCCAGACCGCUGCUACGGCCCUACCUCUGUUCCUGGCCGGUCGCUUCUUUGCCGGCUUCGGAGUCGGUCUAAUAUCUGCGCUAAUCCCCUUAUACCAAAGCGAAACGGCACCGCGUUGGAUUCGAGGUGCCAUCGUAGGCGCGUAUCAAUUCGCCAUCACGAUUGGUCUACUCCUCGCCGCAGUUGUAGACUACGCCACGCAGUACCGUCAGGAUACCGGCUCGUACCGCAUCCCUAUCGCCGUGCAGUUCGCUUGGGCCAUCAUCCUCAUUGCCGGGAUGCUUCUACUACCAGAGACUCCCCGGUACUUGGUCAAGAAAGGACAGCAGGACAAGGCUGCUCGUUCUCUUGGUAAGCUCCGAAGGAUCGAUCGCAACCAUGCCGCUAUCCACGAUGAGUUAGCUGAGAUUAAGGCGAACAAUGAUUACGAGCUGAGCAUCGGAACGGCCACUUAUCUUGACUGCUUCCGCGGUCCCAUGCUGAAGCGACUUCUCACCGGUAUGGGAAUACAAGGGCUUCAACAGCUAACAGGUGUCAACUUUGUGUUCUACUACGGCGUAAAUUAUUUCAAGAACUCGGGCAUCCAAGAUCCGUUCACGAUCCAAGUAAUCACGUCUUGCAUUAACGUCUUCUCAACCCUCCCUGGUCUGUGGGCUGUAGACAGGGUUGGUCGUCGCCCCCUUCUCUUAUGGGGCGCAGUCGGAAUGUGUAUCAGCCAAUUCCUUGUGGCCCUGCUCGGUACCCUGACGACGGGGCAAGACGAGGCAGGUAAUGUCGUGGUCUAUAACGUCGCGGCGCAGAAGGCUGGUAUCGCCUUUAUUUGUAUCUAUAUAUUCUUCUUUGCCAGUACCUGGGGACCUCUUGCGUGGGUAGUGACGGGCGAGAUUUUCCCCCUGAAGAUGCGAGCCAAGUGCCUUAGUAUGACUACGGCCACUAAUUGGCUCCUGAACUGGGCGAUAGCCUACGCAACCCCGUAUCUCGUCAACUACGGCGAGGGUUACGCCAAUCUGCAGUCCAAGAUCUUCUUCGUGUGGUUCGGCGCUUGUUUCAUCUGCAUCGCCUUCGUGUACUUCCUCGUAUACGAAACCAAAGGAUGGUCGCUUGAAGAGGUCGACGAGCUAUAUAGUGAAGUGAGUAGUGCGCGGAAGAGUGCUGCGUGGACCCCGAGCUCUACAUUUUCGCAACGACAAGGUUUUCCCACGACGGCUUCUGGUGACGUUGAUAGUGCUACAACUAAUGGGCAAGCCGAAAAGUUGGCUGAGAGUGAAGGACAUACCGGCGUUUCGCAUCACGACGAAAAAUCUUCGGUGUAA